AUGCCGUUGUCCAAUCCUGCUCCAUUGGAGCCCAGGACAAUCCCAACAAUACAAACCGCAUGCAAACUCCUUGGAUACCUCCAUGCAAGCCCUCAGUGGUCCCUCAGGUUCACGCCCGACGAGGUGGACCUGAUUUAUUUCAUCGUCGUGAAUUACCCGGAGCCAGGAGAGAUCAGUACCAGCAGCUCUGGCGUGUCUAUUCCCAUCCCUCGAGACCUCGCGUCGACCCAAUUCCCUUUCCCGAAGACAUGGUUGACCUGUAAAGGACGAGCACGAAAGGCAGCGAAAGUUUUUCUUGUAGACGCCAAGCGAAUCUUCAUGACAGAUGCUUUUCACGAUUGGAAGAAACAAGCCUUCACAACAUCAAUACUUGAUCUGCCUAACGAGUUGUUGCACCUCAUUGCAGCUCUAUUACCGAUCAACUCUCUCGUGAUACUCUGUCAAUUGAAUCGCCGUCUCUCCAGCGUGGUAGGCUUUGAGCUCUGGCGACCACUGGACAGGGCUCUCGAGGCACUGGAAUGGAGCUUGAAUCACCGUCGACUGACGGUUUACGAAAAAGCAGUUCAAGAACUCUCGAAGAUUCCUGAAAGUAUGGGUAAUGAGCCCACGUGGAAAUUGUUUCCUAUGAUAGACACCGACAAUAUCCAUAUGUUGGAGUGUAUGGCUUUGAAGGACGGCUUUAUUGGAAAAAUGUAUCGUCAAUUCCUCGUGGACACUCUGUCGGAUAAUCUGGAAUGGUCAAAACGCAGACAUCUAUCUGUGGGAAAGGUCCUCAAACUAGGGGCUGAUCCAAAUUGUUUCAGUCAUAACAUCAGCCGUGACAGAUGGAACCCUGGGCGUAUUCCAAUACUGUUUAUUGCUAUUUGCGGUGACAGUAUUCUUUGUGCUGACAUUUUGAGGCGUGUGACUCCUGUUUUGACCUACGGUGUUUCACAUCGAAAAAGGAAUGUCAAUAACGUUCACCUUUUGCUCGAAUAUGGGGCUGAUCCAAAUGUCCACAUAUCCGACAAAACAUCGGCACUUCAUAUGGCAGUGUCCCUGUGCAAUUCCAUGGGAAAGUCACAUAUUGUGACAGAAUUGAUCAAAUAUGGCGCCAAUGCAAACACAAUCGGGCCCCAAGGAAAAACGCCUCUUCACAUGGCCGUUGAGCGAACCCAUUUUGGCUCCUACCGCGCUCCCUGCAAAAGCACAAUCAAUGCCCUUCUUCGGGCUCCAGGCAUUGAUCUCGACCCGCGUGACGAGAAUGGCCGUACACCCUUGAGCAUUGCUGUCGGCGUUCACAGUAAGGUCUCUGCUUGGGUUGUGAAAAGUGUGCUUAAAAGUCCCAAUGUUGAUAUCAAUUCCCAAGACAUUCACGGGAAGACGGUAUUAUAUCAUUCGGUGGAGAGCCGGAACAUAGAAGUUGCCAACCUAUUGCUGUCGCAGAGUCACAUCGACCCGAAUCUUAAUACCAUGCGUUUGCCCUUGUUUUUCGCCGUUUCGAAUCGGAUGACAUCGAUGGUGAAGAGUUUACUAAGCACAAAGGCAACCAACCCAAACCGGAAAGACAGCAAUGGGCGUCUCGCUUUGACACUACCAACAUCAAAGGCUAUAAUUAAGCUGCUUAUCAAAGCUGGUGCUGAGCUGGACAUUCGAGAUAGCACGGGUCUGACUGCACGGGAAACGAUCUCCCAGGCGGGUAUCAACCCUGAGCAGCUAAUGCGUACAAGCAGAAAAAGAAAAAGGAAGACCUGA